AUGUUAUCCUACGCCUUCUCGACUGCGAGUACCUACUUCCAUCUCCCCGUCGAUGAACAAGAAGACCAAGACAUUGCCCAAUAUUACCGAAAGAGAAUCACAUACUCCAGUCCGGCCUACAGCACCGCUUCGCCAGACUUUGUGUCUCUGCCUUCAACAGCCCCUUCCACCCACCGAGACGCCGUCUUGGAUGCGAUCAUAGCUACUGACGACUUGUAUGCUAUACUUGGCGUGUCCAAGGCAGACAAACUCGACAAGCUCUCUCUUCGGCGUGCGUACCUCAAACGCAGUCGAGCAUGCCACCCAGAUAAAUUCCCGGAUAACCCUCAAGCAACCCAUGCCUUCCAAAAGAUAGCUGUUGCUUACUCGAUCCUGCAAAAUCCAACCUCGAGACGAUCGUACGACAUGCGCUCCCCAAAGUACGACGUAUUUUCCACGCAUUCGUCUGGGCAUAUGGCUCAGGAGACCUUUCGCGGUAUCAUAAUGGGCGUGCUCGAUGAUUUCCUAGAGGGGGACCUAGAGAUGAUACGAACAUUACUGAGGGCGGUCAACGAUAUCAAUCCUUCCCUAAGUAUGGGGGACGAAGGAAUCAACUCGAUACUCAACUCCUUGCAGAGGCUACGGGAGCGAGCACUCAGUCCAGGUUGCCGUGCCUGUGUGUAUGCACUUUAUACCGAGAUGAGCCGUCUGUUGGAACUUCAGCACUCUUUUCGACAAUUGUCCUACCUCGACAUCCGGGGGCGCACGCGACUAACGAUCCAACUCACGCGCGUCACGCUCAGUCUACCCAUUGCCUUGGAACGGGCGCUGAUUGAACAGAACGCCAGCUAUAACAACGACAACACUGACCCGCCGCUAGAGACUAUUAUUCCCCGUAGGGUCACGGUGCUUAUUCGGGGUGUGGAUGUUCUCCUACAACGCAUGGAGAGGGUCCUUUAG